GUGCCCGGCAGAACAGAGGCUGAGGGGGCCGGGACGAGAGGGUUCCCCUUCCCUCAUAAUGUGGCUGUUCCCGACAGGACAGGGGCUGAGGGGGCCGGGAUGAGGGGGUUCCCCUUCCCUAUUAAUGCGGCUGUGCCCGGCAGGACAGGGGAUGAGGGGUCUCCCCUUCCCUGCUAACGCGGCUGUUCCCGGCAGGACAGGGGCUGAGGGGACCGGGAUGAGGGGUCUCCCCUUCCCCGCUAACGCGGCUGUUCCCGGCAGGACGGGGGCUGAGGAGGCUGGGAUGAGGAGGUUCCCCUUCCCUGCUAACGCGGCUGUUCCCGGCAGGACAGGGGCUGAGGGGGCAGGAACGAGGGGGUUCCCCUUCCCUAAUAAUGCGGCUGUGCCCGGCAGGACGGGGCCCGGCCUGGCUGAAGGCGGCGGCUCCAACCCGUCCAAGCGGCACCGGGAGCGGCUGAACCGGGAGCUGGAGCGGCUGGCAGGGCUGCUGCCCUUCCCGCCCGACGUGGUGGCCGGGCUGGACAAGCUCUCGGUGCUCCGCCUCAGCGCCGGCUUCCUGCGCGCCAGGAGCUGCUUGGGCGUUGCUCUGAAGAAUCCUGGUGCCAAAGAAGGACAGAGGGAUGGAGCCUGUGGCACCGGACCAGCUCUGGGCUUGGCAGCGGUUCCAGAGGGUGAGCUGCUCCUACAGGCUCUUAAUGGCUUUGUGCUGGUGGUGACAUCAGAAGGGCUGAUAUUUUACUCCUCACAUACAAUCCAGGACUAUCUGGGAUUUCAUCAGACAGAUGUUAUGCACCAGAGCAUCUUCGAGCUGAUCCACACCGAGGACCAGCCAGAGUUCAGGCGCAACCUCCACUGGGCCUUGGACCCACCAGGCACUCCCAAGGGUGAGCCUUCUCCAGCAGCAGGGAAGAGUCUUGGUUCUUCUGCUGCCAUUUACAAGCCAGAGCAGCUGCCCCCAGAAAACUCUUCCUUCCUGGAGAGAAGCUUUGUGUGCCGCUUUCGCUGCCUCCUGGAUAAUUCCUCUGGUUUCCUGGCUUUAAACCUUCAAGGCAGGCUAAAAUUCCUUCAUGGGCAGACCAAAAGGUCUGAAGAUGGCUCAGCCAUGCCCCGCCAGCUCGCUCUGUUUGCCAUCUCCACGCCCCUGCAGCCCCCAUCCCUCCUGCAGAUCCGAACCAAGAACAUGAUCUUCAGGACCAAGCAUAAGCUGGACUUCACCCCCUUGGCGUGCGAUGCCAAGGGGAAGACCGUCCUGGGCUACACUGAGGCAGAGCUGCGGACAUGUGGCACUGGAUACCAGUUUGUCCAUGUUGCUGACAUGCUGUACUGUGCUGAGAACCACGUCAGGAUGAUGAGGACAGGGGAGAGCGGCCUGACAGUGUUCCGGCUGCUGACCAAGGACAACUGCUGGAAGUGGGUGCAGGCCAACGCACGGCUCGUCUACAAGAACGGCAAACCUGAGUACAUCAUGGUCACACAGAGACCCCUCGUAGAUGAAGAAGGAGGAGAGCACCUUCGGAAGCGGUCCACGCAUCUUCCCUUUACCUUUGCUACAGGAGAGGCGCUUCUAUACCAAAGCACUCACCCUCUCCCGGGCCUCCCUGACCUUUUCCAGAGCAAAGGGAAGCCCUGCAAGUCCAAGAAGCCCUCCUGCAGCCAUGUAGAGCGUUCCCAGAAGAAUGGUAUUGAUCCCAGGUCCCUGCUGGGCAGUGUGAUGCAACAGGAUAAGGCAGUGUAUGCCUCCCAUCCAUCUCCCACCCUGAAUCCUUCCUUCAGCACUUUCCAGCUUGGGGGUGUGUCCUUGCCAGGUGCAGGAGGGGGUGCCUGGAGUAUGGGCACAGCUCCAGCUUCUUUAAGUGGCAACAGCCUCCAAGAGAAGCUGCUGGAUUUGCAGCAGGAGGACCCUCUCUUGGCCACCAUGAACUUGCUCUCAAUUAAAAGUGAUGAGAGCUGUUCCAACGAGCUCUUCAGUGUUUUGGAUGGCCUGGGCUUGAAUGCUGAGGACUUGAAGCUCCUGCUGCCGGAUGAGAAAAUGGUGAUGGUCAAUAUGGACUCAGAGCAGUGUCCGUCCCUGAACAACAGCCUGACCAGCGAGCAGAUUCUCUCCUACGUCCCCAGCCAUCCAGUUAAUGAGCAUGAGGGAGGGCAGCAGGUCUGUCCCCUGCCAGGCACAUCCCCCAGCCCACAGGGAGGCACUGCUCUGUGCUGCACAGAGAGCAAGGACUCAAGGUGUCACUUGGCACAGCAUGCAGGGAAGCCCAGCACUGCUCUGGGCCAGCCCCACAUCCUGCCGUGGGAGCAGCCCCUCAGUGCUGUGCCAGGGCUGGUCCUGGAGCUGGCUGAGCAGGAAGAGCCCUCCAGUGGCUCCCAGUGGAGACCAGCUGGGGAAGAGACUGUGCCCCACUUCCUCCAGCCAGGGCAGGGCACCCCAUGGGACAGGGCCCCCAGCUCAGCACCAAGAGCCCCCUGCCCGCAGGAGUCACCCGGGGCCCAGCAGCUAAAGAGAGACUUGCCAGCUGUGCAGCCCCUCCAGGAGGAUGCCCGCCAGUCCUUCUCCCUCCCCAGCCAGUGCCAGGACCGGCUGAAACACACUCACUUGCUAAUGAAUGGAGUGUGUGACCACAGCCCCAGCUCCUCUCCACACCCCAGCCUAUGGCAGGACUAUGCUUGCCCAGUACUGGGGUCUCCACCUCAGCCUGGUGUUCAUGGCCUCGGCCAAGAGGUGAUCUCCCAGCCUCAGGGCUGUUUGGGUAUGUCCCCAGAGCACUUCAACCUGAAAGGAUUAUGUAGCGUGGAAGGUGCUGGCAGUGGGGACUCCUGGGAGGAGAUGGCUCCACACCCCAGCUUUUUUACCCCUUCUUACCAACUUACUCCUGAAAAGCAGCUGAGUUCUGUUCCCUCUGUGCCCCAGCACCCUUUCCCCAGCACAGCUGCAGGGCAUGUUGGGAGCAUCAGCAGCUCUUUGGAGACUGAAUUCCUAUGGGACACACGCCUCUGCACCGAGCCAGGAGGGCAGGCGUAAGCCCCACAGCACCUGUGCUUUGCCCAGCUCUCCCAUGGGACUGCCCCAAGACUACUCAGUGCUGGGGCAAAGUGUGGCACUGCCCUGCCAGCCUCAGCCCCAGGCAGAAGUUCUGCCACCUCCACCUCACACCUCCACGGAGAACUUUUGUUUCUAGGAGAGAGAGGAGUGGACAAAGCAGGACUGUUCUCUGGAGAAGGAGCCACCUUCAAGCUGGAGAGAAAAAACCUUCCUCACUGCUGUGCACAUCUGGCCAGUGCUAUUGAUGUCGGUCACUUUGGCUCACCUGGGGCUUUUUGCCCUUUUCUCAACUUCCCACCAUCAUGCUCCCUGUGCUGUUUCCCAUGUUGGUGUCCCUGGCCUGGGGAGGGACAGCAGCAGGGCUGGAGGACAUUUCCCAGGGCACUGGAGCAAGCUGAGUUGUGAUUGCAAGUCAGCUCAUGAAUGCAACCAAAGCUUUGUAUUUAUGUGCAUGAUCCAGCAUCAAUACAAACCUCACUAAAGCCUGUCCUAAAGAAAGAGACAGAAGUUUUUACCUCUGGUAUUAAGUUUUCUGCCAUUCCAGCCAGGUACCUGUGGUUGUGGCCCCAUUGUACAGAUAUUGUCUAUUUUAUAAGGAAAAUGAGCCUUGCGUGGUAUUCUUGUGUUGCUCGGGUCCUUCCCCAGCCCAGCUUUCCCUGUGUCCCAGGUGUUUAUGGUGUUUGGGAUCCAGGUUAGAGCUCCUCUAGCAAACACCCUGGGCCUUGCUAUACUUUACAAGACAUGCCCAGAUUGGCUGCUAAACUGGUUCUCUCUUGGUGCUGACCUCUCAGGUACCCUCAGCCUUCAAGUCUCAAAGUUUCCAGUUAAAAAACAGAAAUGCCAGUCAUAUAAUCAGUAUAAUGCUACUUAAUCAUAAAUACUGAGAGAUGAUAUUUUCCCACAGAAAGAAACCCCACAGCCCAUAUACGUGUCUAAUAUGAGUUGACAAAUUUAUUUUUAUGCCACUCCAGUAGAAGGAAGAAACAACCUCUUACCAUCCUAAAGCAGUAUCCUGUGGAAUGGGAUGAAAGGUUGUUUAAAAGAUCAGGAACACAGUGACCCUUUAAGAAACCUGACAAAGCAGGAGGAGGGAUGAGCUUACCCAGCUUUGGAUUCAUGUUAAUUCCUAUUGGUUUUGUUUCAAUAAAUAGUUUUGGAGCUUCUCUCUGAUCUUUCCCUUGCUGGUUGUGACUCUUCCCAAUCUGGAGCAUGUCAGGGUGUGCUGGCUUGCAGCAUUGGAGCCCUGGGACACAAUGGGUUGGGUUGGGAGGGAUCCUGAAGAGCACUUGGAACCUUUGGGAUGCACACAGUCCAUCUGCCAGCUCCUGCUACGGAUGUUUGAAAUGUGACAGAGAUGGGUGAGUGUCUAGAAAACCAUGUACAACGUUUGUGUAAUAAUAUAUAUUAUGGGUAUGUAAAGUUGCAUAUAAAUAUAUUGAAGCAUGAAGUAUUUGUAUUUAUAUAAAGUCUCUAUACAUAGUUUCUAGUAUGUAAUAGAAAAUACCUUUUCAGAUAAAUGAGCUGAUUUUUUCCUGCACUGUAGUUUUUCAAUCCAGAAAUUAGAAAAAACACAGGUUUGUUUUCUCUGACUGCUGAGUUUUCCAACAUUCCCACCUCUACCUGCCACCUGCUUUUCCUUAGCAAAACAAGGCAGUUUUGAGUUUUUGAUGGAGGUGUGCUGGAAUGUUUGAUCUUUUGUGGUUUCUGUGCCCUACUCUGCUUUUUCCUGUUCCUUCAGAGGAAUUAGCUCUGGGGAAGGGGAAUGGAGGGGUGGCACCAGAGGGCACCAGUGUAUCUCUGGGUCUGCAGCUCGGUGACUUCCAGAUGAGUCCCAGGUACUGAGCACAACCUGACCGCUGCCAAACUUCCUCCUUGAGCCAGGUCCUGUGUGUGGGCAGCCAUUCCAUGACCAGCUGCCCUGAAGGGUUUUCCUCCUCUUUGCCAUGCAUCCCCACAGCACCGUGAGUUUCCGUGCAACCCCAGUGACCUCGGGAAGACUGCAGCCCUGCUGGCUGUGUCUCCAGGGCUCUGUUUUAGUGAGCAUAGUGUGGAUUUGUCCAGCACUGUGUCUGUGAGGCCUGUGGAGCACAAGCCAUCGUUUCUGUGGAGGGAGGUGCUCUCUGCUGUCAAAGUAGGCCAGCACAUCCAUAAUUCAUGCCCAUCCUCACACCAGCUGCUGCCUGUCCUCCCCUGGGCCUUGUGGCAUUGAUUCUUGACACACUGGGCUGGCCCAGGGAACCUGGCUGGAGCAAGGGAGAUGCCUCUAUUCAUUACCCCAGCAUCUGCAGCCUGCCCUGAGCUGUGGUGGUAAGAAAGAGGAGUUGGGCAACUGUGCUGUUGUGCUCCGGUUUGCACAGCUGGAGGGAGUGAUGCCUUGGGUUUAAGUUUUUAUAUUUUUCCAGAAUCUCUGCUGCUUAGUCUGUAUCUCUGAAACUUUAUAUUAGGUGUUAGUAAGUUCACAGGGCAGUUAGACACUAGCUAGAGAAUCAAGGAAUCAAGGACAACUGGUACCCAAAAAGCAGAAACAAGGGCGAGGGAAAGAGGGCACACUAGGGGGCUGAGACUUUGUACCCUGGAGCUGUGGCUGGGUAAUUGACCCCAAUAUGUAA